AUGCUAUCCACCACCAGUCCAACACCAACAACCGCCACACAAACCGCCGGAGUCAUGCAAAGCUCCAUAUCCGUCACUCAACAACCAUUACCUGUUUUUCGGCAGCCACCAAGGGUUCAUCUACCACAUUACCCUCCAAAUUACAUCCCAUACGGUCCAUAUUUCUCCCCAUUUUAUGUCCCUCCACCACCUGCUAUCCAUCAGUUUUUAAGCAACGAGACAUUCCCACAACAACCACAACAAGGCGGCGGAGGCAUGUAUCUAGCAUCACCACCACCAAUGGCUACCACCUCUAAUUCUAAAUACCCACUUCCACAAUAUAAGCCAGGAAGCAAUACAGGGAAUAUUGGAAUGGUGGGAAGCUAUGGACCGUAUGCUUCAGCUGCCCCUGCUGGUUAUAACCAAGUAAUUGAUUUAACUUUUACAUUAUGA